CUCAGUUUGUUUUGCUUCAGGGGAACACUUGUUCUGCGAUCCUGUGCUUCAUCGCAUCUCACCAUUACAUCGAACCCCUGUCCAUCCCCGCUUUACUCGAGUUGUUGAUUGCCGCGUCAACGUUCGCCCACGACCACACCCCUCCUCGGAACUGCAAGAAAGUCAGUUCGCUCGAAACGCGCGACACAAAACAUAUAUCGUAUCCCCGAACAGCCCCUGUUCGUUCCAUGUUCGCCUGUCAACUUUUGAGUCCUCGCCCGGGUCCCUCUUUCUACCCGCGCUUCGCAAAAUAGAGCAUUCGGCGCAUUACCGCCGAUAAUCAUUUCGUCCGCUCUGCCUGGUCCCGGUUCCUCCACUUUGGCGGUGGCGCCUGUGCACCCCUCAUUUAAUUCCCCAGUCCUCGGUGAAUAUCAUUUUGCAGCUACAGACCCGCGAUCAUGUCUCUUCACCCCUCCUACCACGCCGACUCCGACGCGGAUGAUGAGUAUGAACGCAGCGUGAUCACCUCGCCACACCUUACAAUGGAGUUUGAGACGUCGCCCACGGAUUCGAACAUUUCAUCGGCAGAACACACCCCGACCAAGUUUGGUCACCCGAGUGAUGGUCCUCGUUCCCCGCGAACACUCAUUACAGAAUGGUCGAUCGAGGAAUGCCAGGAAUUCCUGACGUCACUUGGAUUGCUUCAAUAUCAUGGCACAUUUAGAGAGAAUGGAAUUGUCGGCGAAGCACUUAUUGCCCUGAAGCACGAGGAGUUGAAAGAAAUGGGAAUUAACAGUGUGGGGCAUCGCCUGACGAUCUUGAAGAAUGUAUAUGAAAUCAAAGUCAAACAAGCGGUUCCUUUGGAUGCGGAUCAUUAUAUCCCGCUUUCUGCGGAUCAAAGCAUGAACGAGACAGCAACGCAGGAUGAUCUUGCGCGUUUGAUCAAGUCGAUCCAGGUUCGAGAUGAGAAGCUCAUGUUGGUUGAGACAGAGCUGCGUCGGAUCACAGAUGAUUACCGAAGAUUGCGCGAAGAAAUUCUUCCAGUGAUCAAGAUAGCAAAAGAUCGUUCACACCCACUGCCUCCGCCAUCUUCAGCAGGGCAGAAUCCAGACUGGCAUGACAGCAAUUCAGGCACAAUUACCUCGCCUUCUCAAAUAACGCUCAAUAACGAGAACUCUUCUUCGUCAAAGCUCGCGCGGGCUUUCUCGAAACGCAUUCACACCGGCGGUGCCACGCCAAAAAACCAUUCUCCAACGCACAUUCCGCCUAUGAUACACGAAGGGCGUUCUCAUCACGAUACCUCGAAUCCCUCAGCCCCUACGCUGGCUGCUUCAUCCCAUCUGACAGCCUCGAUGAAUGGACAAUCGCAGCACUCGCCUGGAAUUCCAUCCCCGACCUCGCCCAACACUCACCAUGCGCAUCCUCAAACACUCAAUCCGCGCUCAUACUCCCAACCAAAUGCUAACACCAACCGCAACACGAACUAUGACUAUGCCGAACAAACACCCACAAUGCAUUCUCGUUCAGACCGACUCACCCCAAGUCAAAUGCCGACAUCCCGCACUGAGACUCCGUCCUCAUCACGCCUUGACCCGCGCAAUGACCCGCGUCAUGACCAUCGAACCGAGUCACGGGCCGAGUCAAGAGCUGGCGGUGGCGAACCAUCCAGCGUGGAAAUCUUCAAGUCUUUCCGAGUAUCAUGGGAAGACCCUUGCUACAAAGUCCUACCAGCUGCGCUCAAAAAAUACAACAUCAACUCGGACUGGAAGAAUUACGCACUUUACAUAGUUUACGGCGAUCAGGAGCGUUGCUUGGAAUUGAAUGAAAAGCCCCUUCUCCUGUUCAAACAGUUAGAAAAGGAAGGCCGAAAACCAAUGUUCAUGCUCCGAAAGAUUCACAUGGACACACCUGGAGCGACCCCCGGACCUGGCGGCACGGCACCCAACAAUGCCGGCUUUGAAGGUGGCCGCCAAGGCCAAAUAAACCUGCCCGGCGGUGUUUUGUGAUCUUGAAAAUUCCCUUUUCAAUGCACUCCUGUUUGUGGCUUGAGAUACCCGGUGUUUUACCUACGUGCUAGAUCACUUUUUCUACCCCUGCAUUUUUUUUGAAUCAAUCCUUUCUAUUGUUGGUUUCUUUGGUGUUUGUGUACAAUCGGAGAGCCGGAUUUGGAGUGUUGGAUUCAUGAGUACCUUUUGGGCGUUUCCUUCUUUUUCAACGUUGUCUAUAUUCCUGGCGCGUUGGUCCCAUGCAGCAUUGUGCAUCAGCCUUUUCCUUUUGUUUUCUUUCUUCACAAGAUUCUUCUUGUUUGGCAUAGGACUUUCGUCUGACGUUUUGGCAUAGUACAUUUUAAGCUUGUACAUGAUAUUCCCAUUACUUAUCCGAAUGCCUCCUGGUAAAUUUUACAUUGGCAUGACCUUAAACAAGAG